UUACCUCUUUCUUUACUUGAACACACCGAAGGUGACAACUUCAGCCAUGUCGGCAUAUCUGCCUUUAUCAUCGGUGAAAGUCUCCUACUCUGGAUCGUCGGCAUAUGCACGCAAGUGAAGUUCUACGAAAAUACAUAA